AGCUGUCCAGCAUGAGGUGCUGAUCGGCGGCCUGGCAGAACGAUGGCGACGGGGAAGUGGCUUCUCUACACGGGGCUCUGUCUGUCUCUCGUCGCCUUGUGUUUCCUGACAGUCGCAAUCUCUUCCGACCACUGGUACGAAACGGACGCGAGGAGAUACAAGGAGCGCUGCCGAACUUUCUCGAACCGCAGGAGCGACCCGGGCUUCAUUUACAUCCCCACCCACAGCCUUCCUCUGCGAGCCAGCCGAGCGAGUCUGGACCGAUGGGAAGACCGACUGCUGCUCACUAGAAACCGGCGGCAGCUGUUCGCCAUGAGCGCGGCGGAUGAGUGCAGCAGACGCUACAAUUCAACCAACAUGGGGCUCUGGAGCAAAUGCUACAGGGUGGGAUUUGACCCAGACGUCGAAGACCUCAUCAAGAAUGGAACUAUCGAGCGUUGCUCCUUUAUAAAGUACUAUUACUCCUCCUCUGCAGUGGCGCGAAAGGAUCUCUCCUAUAACAUCACUAAGGCUAUCCAGCAAGAUGAUUGGCAUGCUCUGCAUUUGCGUCGGAUGACAGCUGGCUUCAUGGGCAUGGCUCUAUCCAUUAUUCUCUUUGGCUGGACCAUUGGCCUUUUAGGAUGUUGUUGGGAGCAAGGCCUCAUGCAUUACGUUGCCGGUCUACUCUUUCUAAUGGGAGGUACCUUCUGCAUCAUCUCUCUUUGCACCUGUGUGGCCGGAAUCAACUUCGAAUUGUCUCGCUACCCACGUUAUCUCUUCAGCCUCCCAGAUGAUAUAAGCCAUGGUUACGGCUGGUCCAUGUUUAGUGCCUGGGGAGGGCUGGGACUAACCCUCAUUGCUGGGUUCUUCUGUACUCUGGCACCUUCGAUUCAGCCUCCACCACCAACCCGUACCUCCUGUCCCAAGUCUCGUAUGGAGAACGGAACAGUGUGUUAAAGAGUCACGUUAGGAGACUGACAUGAACUUGUGUAUAAACUUUGUCAUGGGUUUUAAAAGCAUGGAGCUGUUGAAAGACUCAAAGGUCACAAUCCAUGGCGGUUGGGACUCUCGUUUGAUGUGCCGAAUGAUGGAUCUCUGUUAUAAAAGCACAUUUGUACAGUUGUAUAAAAGCUUUCAUCCUGACAUGAGUAGGGCAUGUCCUUGGUGAAGCGGUUGUUGGUGUUCG